AUGGAGGUUAUGUGGGAAAAACCAUCGGAGGGUUGGUGGAAGAUAAACUUUGAUGAAGCAUCAAAAGGGAAUCUAGGACCAUCGGGAGAAAUUUUUAUUGUACGAGAUUGGAAAGGGGAUGUAUUAGCUAUGGGAGCAAAGAAAAUAGAAAAUGGUACAAAUAAUGUGGUAGAGGCUUUAAUAGCAUUAACAACUAUUAAAAUUGGCAAGAAGUUAGGAGCACAGAAAGUUCAUCUAGAAGGUGACUCUUUAAUUACAAUUCAAGCAAUAAUAAAAGAGAGCAUUGAGGCAUGGAAUUUACAAAAUUCGGUUGAAAAAAAUAGGGAAGAGUUAUCCUUAUGUGAGGAUUUCCGCAUAUCUCAUUUUAGGAGAUCGGGAAACAUGGAAGCAGACAUCUUAUCGAAGUGGGAUUUAACUUUUGAGAAUGUAGGCGAGUUAAGGUGUGAAGAUUUUAGAUAG